GGCACACGCCGCCAUUUCAAAGCAUAAUAACCGAUAGGGUAAAGAUUUUUAUUUUAUAUAAUGUUUAUAACCUCAUAAGUUUUAUAGAACAGGCGCAUUUGCAAGGGUUUUGUUAUUUUUAAAACGCUGUCCCUUCUGCACCCCAAGAUGGAUGUUGAAACAGAGCAAGUCAAGGAGCAAACAGACAUCCCAGCUGCUCCCACAGAGGAAACCGCACAUGAGACAAAAAACAGAGACCGCGGGGUGAAAGGUCGCGGACGUGGUGACCGAAUGGGCCGAGGAGGGCGAGGUGGGCGUGGCAUGAUGAAGACGUUCGGACCCCAUGGACGGGGCAGGGGUCGAGGACACGAUGGUUUGAUGAACGGAUUUGGGCCCAUGAGAAGGGGGAUGGGAAGGAUGCGGCCGUAUCCAGACUUCAGAGGCAGAGGGGGUAUGAGGGGCGGCCCAAGAGGCAUGGGUCCCCCGCCCCCUCCUCCUCCUCCGUUACACCUAAGACCUUAUCCCCCCAUGCCCAGGCAUGGUCCCCCUCCUCAUCCGCUUCACGGACCUCCUUGUUUCCGCGGUCGGCCACCUCCACCUCGGGGCCACAGUGGUCCCCUAGGCCCCCCUCGUCACUUUCACCCACGAGGCUACCACAAUGGACCCGCCCCUCCUCCACCUCACCCCCCGCCCGGCCGGGGUCACCGGUGGGCAGGCCCGCCGAGGGGCCGGCGUUUUUAAACGCGGCUCUGGUUUAAACUGAGCGCUUUUCCUUAACACUCGGCGCCGGUCAAACAGGUAUUAAACAAAGACAGCCCGCCCAUGUUUCGGACUGGAUAGCUGCCAAAAAAAUCUCCAAAGUUCCACGUCCCAAAAGAAACCCGCUUGCUCCGGAGAGGUUUGCUUUGUUUUGAGAAAGCUCCCUUGAGAAUCAACAAAUUGGCGAGAAAGUAUGAAGUAUUUUUUGGAUGUGAGAACAUUAUUAUUUAAACCAGAAAAUGACUCUCCUGGAAAAGAUGAAGAAAUAUAGCCCUUUAAAUGUUGUUCAGUCCAGUUUGUGGUUAUCCUGUGAGCCUUAAAAUAUGUCAUUUAUAACCCAUAACAUUUUAAGCAGUAAGAAAAUGUAAGAAAAGAAAUGAAAGGAUAGCAUUUGCAUCUACUCUCUCAGCCCCAUGACAGUAUUCCUGGAUUCCUGGGACCUCCUUAACUUUCCUCUGGUGACAGUGCAUGGAUGUACUUUUUCAACUUGACAAGACAACACAUUAGCACCAUAGUCACAACAGAAGCUCUUAUACUACAAGUGAAACCAUACUCUGUGAAGUAUUCUUGAUCCAAUGGAAGUGAUCUUUUCUAUCAUUAAUGUGCAGCUACCUUUAAGUUAUUUGAAUAUUGCUGUAUGGAACCAUUCAUGUUUGUGUUCAGCAACCCAAACUGUGGAGUGAGUUAAUAUAUAAGAAAUAGAAUUAAGUAUAAAUACAUAUAAUAGUGAAAUACCAUUAAAUGCCGAAACAGUGCAUAUAUAUGCAUUUGUACUUUAAGGCAAAUCAGAAGAUUGAAUUGCUUUAAAAUAGUGUAAAGUAUGUGUUCAAUAUUGAAAUGUUAUAAUACCUUCACUUGUGGAUUUGUGAAUGUACGCUUGGUAAACGGACAACAGAUUUGACCUAGUCAUGAAAAAAAAAAUAAAGUUAAAAUAACCCGAACUG